AUGCCUACACCAAUCGACAGAGCUCUUAAUUCAAAGAACACAGUCCUUGCGUUCGCAGGAGUUGUAACAGCAGCAGCGGCAUGGUCAAUAUGGGGUCAAGACAUGUUUCCCAAGGAAGCUGAUCCUACAGGUGAUCCUGAUAGAUGGACCAUGGAGGAGUUAAGAAGAUGGCUGGCUGCCAGAAACCUGCAUCCUAACUCUAAAGACACAAAGGAGCAGCUUGUUGAACGAGUCAAAGCGAAUCUACGGACUCCAAGGGCAUAA